GUAGUUUCCUGCAUGUGACCUAAAACGUCCUCCAGAAAAACUUCAGACCGUAUCAGCCUCUCGGUUGUCCCCUCUCGUUUGUAGGAAAGCCUUAACUACCUCAGUGACGCAAGCCAGAGCUACAGAAAUGGUUUUCGAAGAUAAAAUGAUCACGAAUGGAGAGCCUGACGACGAGGAGGAAGAGGAGGGAGGGCCUGAGGAAGAUGAAGGUGAGGGUGGUGGAGAGGAAGAGGGCGGUGAGGGUGGUGGAGAGGAGGAGGAAGGGGAGGGAGGUGGAGAUGAGGACGAAGAGGAUGAAGAAGAGGAAGAGGAGGAAGAAGAUAUGGUGGACCCCUUAGAUGCAAUUCGGCAGAAAUGCGAGCAGACGGAACACUGUGUGCAUGUGCGGGAAAGACUGGAGGCGUGCGAGAGCAGGGUGAACUCGCGGUCGCGCACCGAGGAGGACUGCACAGAGGAGCUCUUCGACUUCCUGCACGCCCGGGACCACUGUGUGGCACACAGACUCUUCAACUCUGUGAAAUGAAGGCUUACAAUCACUUCCAGGGGUACCGUACAGCUGUGGAAUAUAAAUACAAGAAAUUGUUGUAUCAACAAAAGAUCAUGUAUUGUUUUCCCUUGACCGAUUCUCAGGCAUGCCUUCUUAUCAAAGCGGGGCUAAUAUUUAAUGUGUACUAUUUUCAAUAAAUUCAAGUUCUUAUUAAA